AUGAACACUGCGCGUGCCUCCUCGGGGCAGCCGCCUGGAGCGACAAAAGAAAUAGGCACGGCGCUGACGAGGGUAUGCCUGCGCCACCGUGCUAUCGAAUCCAGGAUGAAGACUUUCAUAAGUACGUUAAUGGACCGCCUUAUCUCGCCGUUGUCCGAACGUGCUGAGGAAUGGCGGAGGGGUUGCGCCGGGGCUACCGGUGCGCUAGGAAGGGAACACGCCCGCGAGUGCAAGAGGGCCCGGGCGGAACUGAGGCGACGAGUGCAGGAAGCUCAACGCCACGCCAGAAAAGCGAGGCGUGCCCCGCCAGAUGCGAAGAAACGUGUCGAUGUUUGCUUGCAGGACAUUCAAGAGCGCAAGCAGCAGUUGGAGGAGAUGGAGGAGAAAGCUGUGAAGGCUGCACUAAUCGAGGAACGAAGCCGCUUCUGUCACUUUGUUACCUUGCUGAAUCCCGUCGUGGAGAGUGAAGUGGCGAUGUUAGCCGAGGUUGGACACCUGCAGGAAGGAAGUGAGCAAUUAACACGGCAUACGUCUGAACCUAGGACUUUGCCGGCGGGUAGUCUCCAGGUUAUCUGCGACGUGAAGUCUUGCUACAGUGGCUGGGCGGAGAGCGACUCCGCGCCACAUUCUCCGUCUACCUCUUCCCGUCUCGGAAGCCGCAAAUCUUCCCUCACUUCUAUCUCUUCUCUUAACAGUCAGUGCUCGGACCAGCAACACGGUGUUUCCGGAUCAACCGUCAGUUGUUCAACACCGAUUUCUAAUUCCUCCGGUGGUACGAUAUCAGCGGCUGGAGGGGAAUCGCAACAUUGUCUGUCACAGUCAGCAUUGCGUCUCUCGAGCGUGUGCAGUACGGAUUCCGGUUUCAGAUCGCAGGACACGUUGCAACGACGUUCGCUCUACACUCAUAAUGGUUUAGAUAAUCAGAGCGUAAGCAGCGAAUGUAUCACGCCGUCCAAAAGCGCCAUCGAAGACGACAGCACGGACGACGGCCAUGACGCUGUGGGGAACGCUGCGUCAGCGACUUGGCCCGAUUUAAAAGAUACCGCGCAAUUCGAACGGGCUGCAUCAGCUAUUAUGGGAGGCCGACCACAUAUCAUAUCAUCGGCGGAACGAGUUCACCCACGCCCAGCGCUGAGCGUCCACACGUUCACAUCGGAGGCUCUCGGCACUCUGAUCCGUGAAGGAGGGAUAUACGCUCGACCGCCACUGCCCACUAGAUGUUCCUCGUUAGAGCGGCCGUCGGUACCGGCUAAGUCCAACAACGCCAACACGGGUCAACAGGAGUUCAAGCCGAUGAAACCUUCCUCUCUUCCACCACAUCUAACUAAAGAAAUGCCACAAGCACUGUACGUGAACAUGUCUGAGCUCGCUACGCUGGCCGCGUCCCGCGCUCAACAACAACAACAACAACAACAACAACAGCAGCAACAAAAUAACUCGGAAUUCCCGCAGCAGGAAAAGAAGGCCGCUGAAGGCUGGAAAGCAGUAGAGGAAAUUAUAUUGCGUUAUUACUGCGUACAAUUUCCAAGAGAUAUUUUAUUCAGGAUUUAA